UAUGAUCAGAAACUCAAACCUGACUUUUCAUGACAUUUUUAUCAUAUACAUCCUAAUGAGAUCGUGUUUUUUAUUUAUACUCAUUUUAUACGUUUUUUGUUAUGUUCACGUAGCCUGUAGUGAAACAACAACAUUUUUACCAGUUGUUUCCAAAGUGGUCACAAAUUCAGAAAUCAAGGACCGGGAUAAACGUGACGAGAAAGUUGAACAGAAUGAAGACGACAAUGAAGAUGAAGAGGAAAUAACGACUGAGGAUGAUAAUUCUAGAGAAAAAAGAAAGAAAAAGGGACCGAAGGUCUGGGAUAGAUGGAGCAAAUGGAGCGAAUGCAGCGUGACUUGUGGAAUGGGGAAGCAGACACGUUGGAGACAUUGCAUAGCUGGAGAUUGUGCCCCUGGAGAGAAGGAGGCUCAAAUAAAAACGUGUAUCAUGCCUCCAUGUUAAUUUUAAUUUAUAUUAUAUAUUUUCUUUUUCUGUUACAGAAAUAUAUAGUGGCUUUAUAGUUAGA